AUGUCUUGGGGCGAAUCAAUUUUCGUGACUGUGAAGUCACUACUACCAACAUCGCCGCUACCCAUUAAUAGCGAGCGGGCCGCAGUGACAACGAAUCGUCUUAUCAUCCGGGCUCUUCAAGAAACAGACCUGGAAGCAUUAUACACCUUGCGACGGGAAGAAGAUGUCAUGCAAUGGACAUCGGCCGGUCGUAUUGACCGAGAUAUCGAAGAGACUCGGUCAAAGUUGAAUCUCUUCUUGCCGCCGAAUGAUGCAGCCUCCUUCAACUGCGCUAUCUGUUUGAAAGAUACAGGCGAAUUUAUCGGUAUCGGGGGCUGCCACCUUUACCCUGCGGAGCAUGGCUGGCCUGAAAUUGGAUAUAUGCUUCGACAGAAUUUUUGGGGCCGUGGAUUGGGGUCUGAAUUUCUAAGCGCAUGGCUAAGAAUGUGGAGUGAUUUGCCAAGGACAGAACGGGAGUCCAGGGUUGAACAGGAGAUGGUUGCUGGUGAAGGUGAGGUAGAUGAGCAUCUUAUUGCAAUCACAGAGGAGAAAAAUGUUCCGAGUCAGAAGGUCUUGCUGAAGGCGGGAUUUGAAAAAUUCAGAGAAUGGACCGAUGGGAGUGAGGAUCACUCGAAGAAGCUUGUCGGAUUCCGUUAUUUCCCCUCUAGUUAA